UUAUUAUUAAACUUAUUAAUGUUAGCAUAUUUCCCAAAUUUAAUUGAUUUGAAUAACAACAACAAGUUGACAAUUUCUAAUUUAAUACAUAGGUAAUGUUUAAAGUUAACUUAGUUAAUGUGGAAUAAUAGUAAUAAUAGAGAAAUCAUUGAAAAUAAAAAUAAUGGCCACAAUCAAAAUACGAUUACGAAGAUUACAACUACAAGCCAGCCAACACACGAAUUAACUGUAUCUUCACUAUCAUAUAACAAGGAGCAGCAAUUUUCCUCAUCUUCAUUGGCAACAAAAUCAUCAUCAUCUAGAUCGACAAAGACGAAUGAAAAUUGUUCGCAAUGCAAUAAAUUUGAUCAAUUCAAAAGUGUUGAUGAUGAACGAAUUUGUCUUUGUGAAUUGGAUGAUCAGAUGAAUUUGUUUAAAUAUUCGUCAUAUAAUUUUCAUCAACAUUCAACAAAAUCAAUGAUUUUUGAUAAUCCAGGCCAAAUAUACAACUAUAUCAAUAGAUGUCGUAGAUGGAUAAAAGUUCUGGAACCAGAUAAUGUUGCGCGCCGGCAGAAUCAAUUUUCUUUAACCACCUAUAAUAUUUUGGCACAAAAUCUUUUACUUAAUCAUCUUUACCUCUAUCGUGAUAGUAAUAAAUCCGAUCUUGAAUGGUUAGAACGAAGUAAUCGGCUCAAACAAGAGCUAUUGGAAUUAAAUUCGGAUAUAUUCUGCUUACAAGAGGUCCAUUUAGAAAAUUUCACUACCUCUAUUCUACCUACACUUCAAGAACGUGGUUAUCAAGUGGUUUCUAAGCUUAAAACUGGCCAAAAUCAUGAUGGCUGUUCGAUUUUGUUUAAGAAAAAUAAAUUUCGACUACAGGAUUCGUUGGAAAUACAAAUGAAUCGUCCGGAUGUAUCAAAUUUAUUGGAUCGAGACCAAGUUGCAUUAGUAGUCAAACUUCGUCCGAUCGGUAGAUUUCGAGCAGAAAAUAAUACCAAUUUAAUUGUGGCCAAUACUCAUUUACUUUUUAAUCCUAAACGUGGUGAUAUAAAAUUGGCACAAUUACGAUUAUUGUUGGCUGAGAUUCAACGGUUCGCCAUUCGAAAUGAUUCGGCAAAUACAGCAACAAAAGAUCCUUUCAAAAUGAAUUAUUUUCCCAUUAUUUUGUGCGGUGAUUUCAAUAGUGAGCCAAAAAGUGCUCUUAUUGAAUUCAUCAAAAAAGGACAAUUUAAUUUUCGCGGAUUAUAUAGUGGCGAUAUCUCUGGUCAAAGAGAAGGGUUUGAAAAAGGACGAAUGUUACAAAAAAGUGAUCUGGUACUGAAUGGAAUCGAUUUCAACACUUGUUUCACAAACUGUACAAAUGAAUCCAUCGAAACAUCAAACAUUUUUGAUGAAUCCGAAGAUCUUACAGUAAGACAUGUUUUCGAUUUCAAAUCAGUCUAUCCUAUAAUGGAUCAAUUUAAUUUACAAUUUAUUUCCACAUCAACUCAUUUUGAUUGCGGUCUGGUUGAUCAUUUGUUUUAUAGUCAUAAUCAUAAAAAUUUACGUUUAUCAGCAUUUAAACAAUUAAUGAACAAACAAAAUUUGAAAAAAAUCGGCAACAUACCCAAUUCAAUUUUGGGUUCAGAUCAUAUCGCCUUAAGUGCAAAGUUCUAUUUAUCAUGAUUUAAUUAAUAUUAAAAACAUAACUCGUUAUUUUUUUCAUUAAA